AUGCCCACAUUUCCGACCGAUUCUGCCGUUUAUAUGAAGAAAGAUGUAUUGAAUGAAAAACUCAAUGAUAUCUCAUCAGAAGAGGGAUUGACUCCAAGACAGGCCAUCGCUACCAAAGAGUUUGCCAUUUUGUCCACAAAGAUAAUGCUCACAGAAUUGGUCUUCUUUUAUCUUCUCUUCGUCUAUAAAAUGUCAGCCAACGGUUCCCAAGUGUUGGACAACUCAUUUCACUACAAUUUUGAGCCAUUCUUCACACUUCAGCCAAACCUCGAGACCAGAAAACAACAGCUGAAGGCUUGGCGUCAACUGAUUGUCGAUUAUUACGAGUCCAUCAGUGGUUAUGUCUUGGAUGUGAACCAAUCCAUUAACGAACCGCUCUUUAGGAACAAUAAGAUUAACAGACAAUUGUCUUUGGAUUCAAUUCGAGUCAUUCUCAACGACUUGCACUCCAAUGGUCUCAUUGAAUGGUUGGAUCAGAAAAGACAAGACAAAUGUUAUGUGUAUUGGAAGCGACCCGAAGAAUGGGCUCAACUGAUCCACAAAUGGGUGGAAGAGAAGUCACUGAACAAUACUGUUUGUACGCUCUAUGAGAUCACAUCCGGUGAGCAGACCGUCGACUAUGCCUUUCAUGGACUCAAUGAAGACAUUUUAGUCAAAGCGUUGAAGUGUUUGGAAAUCAAUGGAAAGGCUGUUCUCAUCAACUUUGACAACAACUCUGGCAUCACAUCCGGUGAGCAGACCGUCGACUAUGCCUUUCAUGGGCUCAAUGAAGACAUUUUAAUCAAAGCGUUGAAGUGUUUGGAAAUCGAUGGAAAGGCUGUUCUCAUCAACUUUGACAACAACUCUGGCCCUUUCGGUCAGACUUUCAUUGCGGACGACUUUUUUCUGUCUAUUGUCGGCGCGUCGGCCGCCGUUUGCAACACAUUGUGCCGUAUUCUUGUCGGGCAUCUCAAAGACAUGACCACUUAUAAAAUCUGUUGUUUGCCGUUGAGUUGUUUGGCGACAAUCCUUGUGGUAGCCCUUCCUCUCACUCCAUAUACUCAUCGCAUGGUUUACGCCGUAUGUGUUGUCUGUGCGGUCGGUAUCGUUGGCUCGCAGUACGCACUCAUGCCGUCGGCGAUCACCGAAGCAUUUGGCGAACGGUUCGCCAGUAUUAACAUUGGACUCGUCUAUAUGUCAACUGUGAUAGCAGACAUCGCCGGGGCUUUCGCUUCCCAACACUUGACUGACACUCUUGGCUGGUCUGGAAUGAUAGCUCUGGUGGGCGUCUGUGCGCUGAUCGAUUUUUUAAUUACAUUCCUUUUGCCUAAUAAUCAACACUUAAGACUGAAGAAAAGACUCGUGAAUCGAGACAUGAAAUCAUUGAAAGCCAAAUGUUGUGACGACAAGCCCUUUGCGAUAGGAGUUUAUAAUUGCAAUACAAUCGCCAAUACAAUGACCACUCGGAGGACAAAAGCCACGCGUCUGUAA